AUGGCUCCUGGUUCUUAUAAUUUUAUGAAAGAUGCAACACUCGCCCCAAUGUUCGCUCGUUUCGACUACAUAAUCAUUGGAGGAGGAACCUCCGGUUGCUCGCUAGCCGCAACGCUAUCUCAAAACGCUAGCGUUUUGGUCCUGGAACGCGGCGGCUCGCCUUACGAGAACCCGACGGCGACAGAUAUUCAAAACUUCGCAACAACGCUCUCAAACGUAUCACCCAAAUCGUGGUCGCAGCUUUUCGUCUCCGAAGACGGCGUUUACAACACACGUGCGCGCGUCCUCGGUGGAGGCUCGGUGCUAAACGCUGGAUUUUACACGCGUGCGGGAGAUGACUACGUGAAGGAAGCUGAGUGGAAUACCGAUGAAGUGGAAGCUGCUUACGAGUGGGUAGAGAAGAAAGUAGCGUUUCAACCCCCGGUGUUGGGAUGGCAAACGGCGCUGAAAGAUGGACUUUUGGAGGCUGGAGAGUUUCCGUACAAUGGUUUUACGUAUGCUCACAAGUACGGGACCAAGAUCGGCGGUACGAUCUUUGACCAGGCCGGCCAUAGACACACCGCGGCGAAUCUAUUGGAGUAUGCUAAUCCGGACUCGAUCUCUGUCUAUUUGCACGCUUCUGUUCAUAAGAUCCUCUUCACAACCAAAGGAAGGCCAAGGCCAAAAGCAUACGGAGUGAUAUUUCAAGACGCGAAUGGAGUGUUACACAAGGCAGAGCUGGCCAAAAACGCAAUGAACGAGGUGAUUUUGUCCGCCGGUGCGAUCGGUAGCCCGCAGCUGCUGAUGCUAAGCGGCGUGGGUCCGAUGGCUCAUCUUGCGGCUCACGGGAUCAAACCGGUGGUCUUAGAUCAUCCAAUGGUUGGGCAAGGCAUGGGAGAUAAUCCAAUGAAUGCCAUCUUUAUUCCUUCUCCUUCUCCCGUGGAGGUUUCUCUAAUACAAGUCGUUGGGAUCACAAAGUUUAAUAGUUAUAUCGAAGGAGCAAGUGGCGUCAUCUUCACUUAUAGUUGGACUCGUCGUUUUUUCGAUGGUGUUUUGAAUUAUCUUAACGAGAUGCAGACAAGCCGUACUACUACUACUACUACUACUACUACUACUACUACUACUACUACUACUACAUCUACACUCUUCUCGACUCAAUCCAUCACAGAUUUUUUCAAAUCCAUAGAUCCAUUAUUGAAUGCGACAACAAAAGCCGGUUUGAUCCUCCAAAAAGUCGAUGGACCGGUCUCGAGAGGUCACUUGGAGCUUAGGAACACAAACCCUAAUGACAAUCCUUCAGUGAGAUUCAACUACUAUCAAGAGCCAGAGGAUCUACAGAAAUGUGUUGAAGGGAUGACCACAAUUAUUAAAGUGAUUAACUCCAAGGCAUUCGCCAAAUUUAAGUACCCGGAUGCGACCAUACAUGGCUUGCUCGAUCUAAUAUUGAGCGUUCCCACUAAUCUUAGGCCGAGACACGUAGCAUCAGUGUUUAAUUUGAAGCAGUUUUGCAUCGACACUGUGAUGACUAUUUGGCAUUACCAUGGAGGUUGUCAAGUUGGAAGAGUAGUUGACAAGAAUUACAAAGUUUUAGGUAUUGAUUCUUUGAGGGUUAUUGAUGGAUCCACAUUUCUUAAGUCCCCGGGGACAAAUCCUCAAGCUACUGUCAUGAUGCUCGGAAGGUAUAUGGGCCAGAAGAUUCUUCGUGAGAGGGAGGCUUUCCACAAAAAGAAUGACAAAGCAUGA